AUGCUGGCCGUUCAUCUGGUUUCAUUUUACUUCUCCAAACUUCAAGAGGAUCCCACAAAAAAGGUUGACAGAUUCCUGCAUGCAAUGCGUCUUAACGAUGACCAGAUCUGUGAAAUAUCGGCCCGAUUUCUGGCUGAAAUGAGGAAAGGGCUUUCAUCAGAAAGUAACGCAGCUGCUGCUGUGAAGAUGCUGCCAACACACGUCCGCUCCACUCCUGAUGGAUCAGAGAAAGGACAGUUUCUGGCUCUUGAUCUUGGAGGCUCCAAAUUUAAGGUUCUUCAGGUCAAAGUGAGAGAAGGCGUGGGUGUCAGGAAGGGAGAGGUAGAGAUGGAGGAGAAGAUCUACCCCAUGCCAACUGAGCUGCGCACUGGAACAGGAGCUGAGUUGUUUGACCACGUGUCCGAGUGCCUAAAGGAGUUCCUGCAUGAAAAGAAAAUAGAUACGAAAAAGAAACACCCCCUGGCCUUCACUUUCUCUUUCCCCUGCGAGCAGCCCAGUUUGGAUCAGGGAUUCUUGUUGAGUUGGUGCAAGAACUACAGAGUCCGAGGCCUUCAGGGAAAAGAUGUGGUCCGGACCCUUAGAGAUGCUAUCAGCAGAGCUGGGGAGAUGGACAUGGAGGUGUUGGCCAUGGUAAACGACACUGUAGCGACCAUGAUGACCUGUGGUUUUGAUGACCCCUACUGUGAGGUGGGCCUCAUCAUCGGUACAGGCACAAAUGCUUGCUACAUGGAGGACAUGCGUCAUGUGGACCUGAUCGAGGGGGACGAGGGCAGGAUGUGCAUUAACACCGAAUGGGCGGGUUUUGGAGAUGAUGGCGCCCUAAAUGACUUUACAACAGAGUUUGACAAAGAAGUGGACGCAGCGUCGUCCAACCCUGGAAAACAAAUAUUUGAGAAGAUGGUGAGUGGGAUGUAUCUGGGUGAGUUGGUGAGGUUGGUUGUGUUAAAAAUGGCAAAACUAGGAAAGUUGUUUGACGGACAUGUAUCAGAUGCCCUGAGGACAAAAGGGAAGAUAACCACAGCCGACGUGGCAGCAAUGGAAGAGUAUAGAAAUGGUCUGAAAAACACCAAAGACAUUUUGAUGCAUCUUGGUUUGAGCCCGUCCCAUGACGACUGCAUUGCUGUGCAACAUGUCAGCACCAUAGUGUCCUUCAGGUCCUCUAAUCUGGUGGCUGCAGGCCUGUCAGCCAUCCUAACCCGAAUCAGGCAAAACCGAAACGUGAGGGUCUUGAGGGUCACUGUGGGCGUGGAUGGAACAGUGUACAAAACACACCCUCAGUAUCCUAAGCGUCUUCAUAAAGUGGUGCGGCGGCUGCUUCCUGAGUGCCAUGUCAGGUUCGUGCUGUCAGACAGUGGCAGCAGCAAAGGUGCUGCUCUGGUGUCGGCAGUCGCCCAGCGUCUGACCUCGCAGAGUCGUAAGGUGGAUGAGAUUCUGUCCAAUUUCAAACUGAGCGAAGAGCACCAGCAACUUGUCAAGGACAGGAUGAGGGCGGGGCUGGAGGCGGGCCUAAGGAGUCAAGGUCCCUUCACCAUCAAGAUGCUGCCUUCUUUUAUAUUCCACAAACCAAACGGAAAAGAGCAUGGAAAAUUCCUUGCUUUGGAUCUGGGGGGAACAAACUUUAGAGCUUUGCUUGUGAGAUUUAAAAAACAAAAAUCACGAAUUUACCAUAAGAUCUACACCAUUCCACUGGAGAUAAUGCAGGGAACCGGGGAGGAGUUAUUUGACCACUUAGCACAAUGCGUUUGUGACUUCUUGGACUACAUGGGGGUGAAGAACGCUCGUCUUCCUACAGGUUUUACCUUCUCUUUUCCCUGCGAGCAGACCGCCAUUGAUACAGGCAAGCUGGUGACCUGGACCAAAGGCUUCAAUGCCACGGACUGUGAAGGACAUGAUGUUGUGGGUUUGCUGCGGGAGGCGAUCAAGAGACGCAACGACUUUGACCUGGACAUAGUAGCUCUGAUUAAUGACACAGUUGGGACUAUGAUGAGCUGCGCCUAUGAAGACCCACGGUGUGAAAUUGGACUGAUAGCUGGAACAGGAACAAAUCUUUGCUACAUGGAGGAACUGAAGAACGUUAAGAAGCUUCAUCAAAAAAGCGGCACAGCCGAGAAAGAUCAGGAGACCCCUGAAGUAGAGAAUGGUAAAGAAACUGACGGAGAGACCAGAAGAUCCAACAUGUGCAUCAACACAGAGUGGGGGGGUCUGGGUGAUGACGGCUCUCUGGAUAACAUCAUCACAGCGUUUGACACAGAGGUGGACCAAAACUCAGUGAACCCGGGAAAACAAAGGUUUGAAAAGCUGACAAGUGGAAUGUACUUGGGAGAAAUCGUCCGACAGGUGCUACUGGAUCUAACCAGACGAGGUCUUUUGUUCAGAGGGCACAUCUCAGAGUGUUUGAAGAAGCCUGGAAUAUUUGAAACUCGAUAUCUGUCACAGAUAGAGAGCGACCACUUAGCGUUACUGCAGGUUCGAUCUGUUCUUCAGAAGUUGGGGCUCGACAGCACCUGUCAUGACAGCAUCAUUGUCAAACAGGUCUGUGGGGCAGUGUCACGCCGUGCAGCCCAGCUGUGUGGGGCUGGAAUGGCUGCUGUGGUGGAUAAGAUCAGACAGAACCGAGGACUGGACCAUCUAAACACCACUGUGGGGGUAGAUGGGGCGCUCUACAAACUUCAUCCCCAUUUCUCCCAAAUCCUCCAAGAGACUGUGAAAGUUCUGGCUCCUCAAUGUGAUGUGACCUUCUUUCCGUCAGAAGAAGGGAGUGGGAAAGGUGCUGCCCUCGUUGCUGCUGUGGCUCGACAGAACCAGGAGAUGUUGACUUGACAUGACUUGGGAAUAAUGUUGCCCCUUUAUUUGUAGCAGCACCAUUCUGUAGAUGCCUGCUCUCUGCAGCUGUGUUUGUUUGAAUCUCAGCAUGGCUAUGUUUUGUCUUAGAUGGGAACACUUUGAAAAGGGAUUGAUUCUUAAUAAAUUUUUAAUAUGAAAAAGUAGGAAGAUCA